AUGCAGAGAGUGAGCUUUGAAGUGUCAGGCUAUAACUCCGAUGCUGAAAUCAGCGGUCCGAUGAGUGGUCCGAUGAGCGGUCAAUUGCCACCGAUCUACAAAAAACCAGCGAUAAAGAACAAUUCCAAAUUCACGGCGGAGAACAGCCAGAGAACGCGUCAAGCUCCGCCGUACGUGGACCUGACAGUCGAUGUUCAAGACGACAGGGUCUCUGUACACAGCCUCAAAUCGGAAGGUGGAUCGAGCGUCGAAGAGAACCCAGAGCUCACGCUACUGAAACGGAACCGUCUCGAGAAGAAAACGACGGUGGUGAAGCGUCUAGCGUCUGUUUCUCACGAGCUCAAGCGUCUCACAUCGGUCUCCCCUGCUACAAAAAAGCCAUCUCGAGGUAUGGCUAAGUUAGACCGGACGAAAUCAGCAGCGUCUCAAGCUUUGAAAGGACUCAAGUUCAUCAGCAAAACCGACGGUGGCGCUGGCUGGUCAGCCGUGGAGAAGCGGUUCAAACAGAUCACGGCCACUACUGGUGGACUGUUGGUUCGGAACAAAUUCGGUGAAUGCAUAGGGAUGAAUUCUAAGGAGUUUGCCUUGGAACUGUUCGACGCAUUGGCUAGACGAAGGAAUAUAACAGGAGAAGUGAUCGAUGGGGAUCAACUAAAGGAAUUCUGGGAACAAAUCAAUGACCAAAGCUUCGAUUCAAGGCUUAAGACAUUCUUUGACAUGGUGGAUAAAGAUGCAGAUGGUAGACUUACAGAAGACGAAGUUAGAGAGAUUAUAAGUCUUAGUGCUUCUGCAAACAAUCUGAAUACAAUCCAGAAGAGAGCAGAUGAAUAUGCAGCACUGAUCAUGGAAGAGUUGGACCCUGACAAUAUAGGAUACAUCAUGUUGGAGAGUCUCGAGACACUGCUUCUUCAAGCGGCAUCACAGUCUGUAAUAACAAGUACUGGGGAGAGAAAGAACCUGAGCCAUAUGAUGAGUCAGAGGCUUAAGCCUACAUUUAACCGCAACCCAUUUAAACGAUGGUACCGUGGCCUCAGAUUCUUCGUGCUAGACAACUGGCAAAGAUGCUGGGUGAUAGUUCUCUGGAUAAUUGUUAUGGCCAUCCUUUUCACAUACAAAUACAUUCAGUACAGGCGUAGCCUUGUGUAUCCAGUGAUGGGAGAUUGUGUGUGCAUGGCCAAAGGUGCAGCAGAAACAGUUAAGCUAAACAUGGCUUUGAUUCUCUUACCUGUUUGCAGAAACACCAUCACAUGGCUCAGGAAUAAGACCAGGUUGGGUCGUGUUGUCCCAUUUGAUGACAAUCUCAACUUCCACAAGGUUAUAGCGGUGGGGAUUAUAGCUGGAGUAACAAUGCACGCCGGGGCGCAUUUAGCGUGCGAUUUCCCGCGACUACUAGACGCAACUCCAGAACAAUAUAGGCCUUUAAGAAAGUUUUUUGGGGAUGAACAACCAAAGAGCUACUGGCAUUUUGUAAACUCGGUGGAAGGUAUAACCGGAGUGGUAAUGAUUCUGUUAAUGGCAAUUGCUUUCACACUAGCAACGCCUUGGUUCAGAAGAGGGAAACUUAACUAUCUUCCGGGACCAUUAAAGAAACUAGCUAGCUUCAAUGCCUUCUGGUACACUCAUCAUUUGUUCGUCAUAGUCUACGCUCUUCUUGUUGCUCACGGAUACUACUUGUAUCUAACCAAAGAUUGGCAUAACAAAACGACCUGGAUGUAUUUGGUGGCACCAGUGAUGCUAUACGCGUGCGAAAGGUUGAUAAGAGCUUUCAGAUCGAGCAUUAAGGCGGUGACUAUUAGGAAAGUAGCAGUUUAUCCGGGAAAUGUAUUGGCAAUUCAUUUGACAAGGCCUCAAAACUUCAAAUACAAGAGCGGUCAAUACAUGUUUCUUAACUGUGCCGCUGUAUCUCCAUUCGAAUGGCAUCCAUUUUCAAUCACCUCUGCACCACAAGAUGACUACUUAAGCGUUCACAUUAGAGUUCUUGGAGAUUGGACACGAGCUCUCAAAGGAGUCUUCUCUGAGGUCUGUAAGCCACCACCGGCAGGAGUAAGUGGUCUGCUCAGAGCCGACAUGUUGCACGGUGCAAAUAAUCCCGACUUCCCUAAAGUCUUGAUCGAUGGUCCGUACGGUGCACCAGCACAAGACUACAAGAAGUACGAGGUGGUUCUACUGGUUGGUCUGGGAAUCGGAGCCACACCAAUGAUCAGUAUCGUGAAAGACAUUGUCAACAACAUCAGGGCCAAGGAACAAGCCGAACUCAACCGAAUGGAGCACGGAAUAAGCGCACCACAACAACGAAACAAGAAAGAGAGUUUCAGGACGCGUAGGGCUUACUUCUACUGGGUUACGCGUGAGCAAGGCUCCUUCGAUUGGUUCAAGAACAUAAUGAACGAAGUAGCGGAACGAGAUACCAACCGUGUCAUUGAUCUGCAUAAUUAUUGUACAAGCGUCUAUGAAGAAGGUGACGCUCGUUCAGCGCUUAUACAUAUGCUCCAAUCACUAAACCAUGCGAAGAACGGAGUAGAUAUUGUCUCUGGAACAAGAGUUAUGUCCCAUUUCGCUAAACCUAACUGGAGAAACGUGUACAAACGCAUAGCCAUGGAUCACCCUAACACCAAAGUUGGAGUGUUCUACUGUGGAGCACCAGCAUUGACAAAGGAGCUAAGGCAUUUAGCUUUAGAUUUCACCCACAAGACAAGCACUAGAUUCUCCUUCCACAAAGAGAAUUUCUAA